GCGGAGAGAGCAUCCAAGACCUAUGUUAGGUGCCGGGAUAUUUGGGAUGGAUUCCGGUAUCGCAUCAUGUUUCGUGGAGUUUGCUCGUGUACGGACGUGCUAGCCCACAGGAGGGUACACACAUUUUGGCCGACACUCUCUGAUUUUCAGAGGACUGCAACGGCCGGGUGUGGAAGAUGUUGUUUCAUUGUGCAGAGUAUCGCCCUGUUCCAAACGAGGUUUACUGGGAUCGAUCCUGGGCGAAUUCAGGUGCACAUAAGAAACAGUGGUUUUCUCGAGUAUCAAGGCGAUUUUUCUAGGAUUCGAGUCAGAUGGCUCCUUGACGGCUCGAUUCCAACUUUGGAACCAAAUUUGGCUCAGCUACGCCAGGAAUAUGGGAGCAUUGAUCUCGAGCUGUAUGCGGACGAAGGUUAUACCACGGAUCAUCGCCUUUUCUGUCGGACACUACCGCCAAUAAGGUCCGACGAUAAUCUCUGUUUUGACAAGAUCAAACACUGGAUUGAUGAGUGCAUGCGGGAGCACGGGUGUGGACUUGUUAUGACUGAGAGAGGACUCCCUACGCGGCUGGUAGAUGUGAGUCCUGACGACCAGACUGAAAGUAUUAGGCUUGCCAUCGGUUCAGAAAUCACGAGCAAUGACACGCAAUUUGCGGCACUUAGCCAUUGCUGGGGCGACAAAAGAGAUCGACUCAAGGCAGUCCCAAAGACAAAGAUUGACACAUUACAACGACACCUGGAAAGGAUCGAAUGGGAGGAUCUGACACCAACAUUUCGCGAUACCAUCGCAGUCGUUCGUCGGCUUGGGCUGAAAUAUGUCUGGAUCGACUCGCUCUGCAUCGUGCAGGACGAUCCAGCAGACUUUGCGCGAGAGGCGGCGCGCAUGGCUUUGGUCUACAGCCAGGCACACGUUGUCAUUGCUGCGACCAGAGGGAGCACUGGGGAUGCGGGCCUCUUCCACGAUCGACGAGGGGCGCAAAGAAUAACCAUCCAUGACACUCAUCCACGCAAGAGGUCUUACCUUCAUGUAAAUGAGGCCAUUUCACACGAUGCUUUCUUGACAAGUGACCCCUAUUGUUUCAACACAACGCCACUGUUCGAACGAGCCUGGUGCUUUCAAGAGCGACUCCUUGGAAAAAGAGUAGUGCAUUUUUCAGCCGAGGAGAUUUUUUUUGAGUGUGGAGAAAAUCUUGAUUGUGAGUGCAAGUAUAUCAAACCUCAAAGACAAUCAGGGACGUUCAAGACCAAAACUCUGAAAUCUCUCAGUCGCGUUGUAACUCCAACGUCCCAGGUUGAGCUGUGGUAUUCUGUGGUGGAGCCAUACUCUGCAUGCGCACUACACAACGAGAGGGAUAGGCUGCCAGCCCUGUCCGCUUUUGCUGGACUGGUUGCCUCGACUGAUCUGGGCAACUAUUGCGCCGGGCUAUGGAGGUAUGAAUUCCCAUCAGGGCUGCUAUGGCGAGCUGUUCGAGCGCCCCCUGGAGAGACCCAGACCUAUCGUCCUGAGAAAUACUGUGGUCCGUCGUGGUCGUGGAUCGCUGUACGUGCUCGAAUGGAAGCUCACAUCAACUGGCACCCUGAGAACGAGGUCGUUGCAGAAGUGUUGGAUGUUCAAACCAUUCCGACUAGCCUCGAGGAUCCCUUUGGAGCCGUAGAUGCGGCUUUUCUGAUCCUUGCAGGACCCGCGGUUUCCGUUACUCUUCAACAAGAAGGUUCUGGACACCAUCAAACACGCGACUGUUUCAUGAGUCUUGUUCACAACUUCAUGGACUCAGGCGAGAACCACGCAGCCACUGGCAAUGUCGAAAAUCCCGAACGUGCCCACAGCGGUAGUCCUAUUUCUCACAGUACUGAAAGACAGCCAUUUCAACUAGACGUGCCUGCAGCGGCCAACGGCAAGCAGGCAGUGUGCAUUGCAGUUGAAAGAUGGCACCCUCGAAUCAACAGUGGGCAGGGAACAUGCCUCGUGCUCCAAGCGGUUCCGGGCGAAGCAACAUACACUCGUCUUGGAGUUUCGUUCUGUCUCGCUUCGUGGUUUCAAGCAGCACGCCGGAUGGAGGUCAAGAUCGUCUGACCUGGUCUUGACUUUCCAGCGACUUGUACCGUAUAUUUUGGUGAAUUACAUCGGUCGAUGCUCUGGAGUGUGUACCAGUUGUUCAUAGGCUUGCAGUGGCAGAAAUAGAGCAAAACGGAUAUCACAGUGAGAACAGAUCUGGGUUACGUGCAAACCGGUCAGUGUGGAAGGAUCGCUUGAUCGCGUAUAUGAGUGGG